AUGGGCUCUAAUUAUGUUAUCAAUGAACGGAUUAGUUGGAGAAGACAUAUAAAAUUGAUAGGAAAUCCUGAACCUCCGGAUGAGGUGUCAUUUGCGUGGGAGGAUGUGAAGGCAAUGUUUAACGGCGGGAGUCGUAAGCGAGCAAUGGCUGCGGGUUUGAGUAGUACUUCGCGAAGUCAUGCCUCAAAUCAGGAGUUUAUGAAAAGGCAAAGCAUUAACUCCUCAUCGCCUGAAAGCAAUCACUCUCUGACACCAAACACAACAAUGAGUGAUAGUUUGUCUCCAAAGAGCACCUCCAGUGCGGCGCCGACUUAUUUCCCAUUAAUCCCAUUACCAAAUAAAUGCUAUUCUAUGCCUCCAAGCGCUCCCUUCACUCCCAACCCGACGAUACCGUCGUCUCCUAUGAAAACGCUUUCGUCUUCGAGUCACGCAUCAGAUUUCAGGCAAAGUUUCGCUGAGUUUAUGUGGAUUGGCUCAGGAAAGCCACCGGCGCUUCACAUACCAUACAGUUGUCUACUGUGGCCGCGACCGCCGACCUCUUCGCUAGAGUUCGGCACAUCAGAGGCUAAUAGGACUAAAUUAUUUGGUAACACAGACCCCAACUCUUUCAUGUUUUCACAACAACAACAACAGCAGCAAAGAGAACAGCUCUGGGCUCACGAAAACUUUCACGAAACCAGAGACUCAAACAACAACACAAGUCCAACACAUACUAACCACUCGUCGCACACCUCGGCAUUCAAACCGGUGGCUAAGACUGUCGGCAGUAGUGUUUCGCCUGCUGUCCAUCAUUUGGAGUCUAUCGCCAAAAGUCCCGACAAUACGAGUCCAUCUCCACAGCCGUCGCAGACUAACAGCGAUCCCGAAGUGGAUAUAAUUGGCGAAGACGUGGAAGAGUCGGCGCCGGCAGUAGUGGUCCGGAGAGAAGAUAUUGUAUUGGAUUUGGAAAAACAGAAUCCAAUUGUGAAUCGAAAGAACAAGAAUUAUAUGAUGUCUGACAAUGAAGUGAAUGGAAGCGAUAGAAAGCGAGCCAAAUAUGAGUCAACGCUAAACCGAUCCGAAGAACUGAACUUAAAUUUUUUGGGACAUCUUUCAGAGGGUACAGUUGUUGAUGAAAGGAGUGGAAAAUCGUCGGCAAUCGAUAUGUGCGCCAAUACUGCACUCGAUCUCAGAAAUUUAACUUCCCUUUCAAGAGAGGCUUUGGAACAACAGGUGAGGAAAGAGAUUGUCUAUAGAGAAGAAAUGGCAAAACAAAUGCAUUUAGUAAGAGAUACGUUUUGCCAACAGUUAGACCACAAUUGGAGGUCUCGUCUAUCGGUUCACAACAAAAUUAGUGAACCGGAAGACAAUCCGAUGGGACUGUCGUUCAAAACAAAAAGCGAUUCAGAAUUAGGUCUCAAAUCAUUACAUCAUUAA